AACAGUAGAAGAAGAAAGCUGAGUAGACGAGGGAGAUGUAAGAAAUAAAUAAUAAUGACGUAAAAUGCACCUUUGCGGUAUCAUGGGUCGCCGUGAAGAGCUCAGUGACUUUCAGAGGGGAACUAUUGUAGGUUGUCACAUGUGUAAAAAGUCAGUCCGUGAGAUUUCGGCUCUCUUGCAGCUGCCUCGGUCCACCGUCAGCGCAGUGAUACUGAAGUGGAAACGUGGAGGCAUAACCACGGCUUUGCCCCGGAGCGGCAGACCGCACAAGCUGAAGGAAGAGGACCGCCAGGUGUUGGAGAAAGUCGCGCUGGAAAACUGUCUGCCCUCGGUUGAAGCUAUUGCCACCGAGUUUCAGUCCGCCUCCGGGACCACCGUGAGCCCAAGAACAGUCCGCCGGGAGCUUAGAGAGAUGGGCUUCCGCGGCCGAGUGUCCACCUACAAUAAGACGAAAGGAGGGGAAAAAGCUGAGAAGACGCAGGCUGCACCGAGCCAAGAUGAAGUCAAGGUGGAUGUGUCUCGUCUGGACAUGCGUGUUGGACGUGUAAUCUCAGCUCUGCAGCUUCCGGACUCAGACAGUCUUUAUGUGCAGCAGGUUGAUGUUGGAGAGGCUUCUCAUAGGACAGUGGUCAGCUCGCUAGCAAAGCACACACCUCUGGACCAGAUGCAGAAUCGCUUGGUAGUCCUGCUGUGUAACCUGAAGCCAGCAAAGAUUAGAGGAGUGCUGACCCAGGCUCUAGUCAUAUGUGCAAGCUCACCUGACAAAGUGGAGAUCCUCGAUCCUCCAAGUGGAGCUGUGCCAGGGGACAGAGUCAUUUUCCAGGGCUUUCCAGGUGAAGGAGACAAAGAGCUGAACCCAAAACAGGAGGUGUGGGAGCAGGUUCAGACAGACUUGCGUACAGACGGCCAGUGUAUUGCAACAUACAAGGGAGCUGCUUUUGAGGUCAUCGGCAAGGGAGUGUGUAAAGCCCAAACCAUGAGCAACUCUGAAAUCAAGUGAACUCUGAGCUGCCAGAGCUAACUCAGAGCAAGUCCCUACAGCAAGCCAGGAUCCAAAAUGUUGUGGAAAGCCUCCUCAGAAGAGUGGACGCUGCAUAGAAAGACCAGCUGUUUUGGAAAGACAUGACUAACAAUGGCAUGGGUGUUAUGUUUGACUGGUUACAAACUUAAGUACUGUAAGCCAGGCAAAGUGUGUUCCCCUCUGUUGGACAUGAAAAUCUCAUAUAUAUAUAUAUAUAUGUAUGUAUUGUUUUUAUCGACGUAGUUUCUUCUUUUGUCCAGAUGAGGGCACUGCAGUAAACAUGAUCAUGUACAAUAUUAGUGUGAUGCAGCACAUGCAGCACACAGUCAUAAUCAACACGUUGAAAAAGAAAAUAGAACUUCCCCCCAAGAAUCUUUUUUGGUGUUGGAAUAUUUGACAAAAUAUAAGUGUUUUCCCAUGAUGCCGCGGUGCCGUGGUCAUUUCCACUGAACUGUGGAUGAAACCCGGCAGUGCAAAAGUCCCUCUGAAAUGAUAAGAACAGUUGAACUACUGUCUUUUAACAUUGGAACUAAGAAGGGAAAUUACCUUUAAAAAAAGAAAAUGUGAUGUAUAGAUGCAUGUGUAAUAAUAAUAAUACAUGUGCUCACUGAGCUCCUUCAGUUUAAGUCUCAUUAUAACAAGUGGGAUUGCAACAGUGUGAGAUUUCAUAAUAAUCAUCUUAGAAAAAAUCAUGCUAUUAUGAAAUACAGCAUUACAGGGUUGUUUUUAUUAUUACCAGGUAUACUGACCCUUACAGUCAUUAAACCCUGAAUGGUCUGGUUGAACACAAUAAUGAUUUGACUUAUAAAAUAUCCUAAUAUGGAUGAAUAAAGUUUUUUUUACACUAACAUUGGAGAAUUCAAUAACCACAUGUCAUGAGAAUCCUCUGUUAAAACACAGUCAAACUAGUUUGCCACUGUAAAAGUGAUGGACAUGGCUCAGUUUUUUUUAAUCCUGCUGAUUAUUUUUAGUGUGAGAGGCGUCUUACUUCAAACAGUAUGAUGUCUGAGAUGUAUUUUUUUUUUAUCUCAAAAUGCUGCUUUUGUUCAUUUGAGGUUCACAAAGAGUCCAAAUAAAUGAAAUACAGACCGUUCCAAACAUCAACUCUAAUGUUAAUUUGCUGUUUCAUCAAAAUGAUGAUUUGUAUCCUUCCUGUCUAUGGAGAGUGUUACUCUGCUUUAUAGAUACUGUAACAGAUUAACUUUAUCUUUAAUAUGGCCCACUUCAUGUUAGUAUCUCAGCCUUUCACCAUUGUUGCUUAUCAGCAUAAUGUUUCAUUUGAAGGACUGAAGUAAACCCAAAUGUCUUUGUUUUAUGUCAUGCUGUUUUUGUGUCCUAGCAGUCUGAAUCAAGUUCAUAAAAAUGACCUAAAACACAAACAUGUAAACGGUCUUCUUCCCUUAUUUUGCAGGAAGAACUGAAAACUGCAUGUAAAAAAUGAGGAUGUGAUUCAGGAACUAAGAAGUGGAACAGAUUGAACCAUAGUAUGAGGAUUAUGAACUUUUCUGAAUGAGAAAAAAAUCAUUUCUAUGAGUUAUGGUUUGUACAACGUUUUGGAGCGUAGGUUAAUUUUAAACAGCUUUGUUUGAUAUAUUUGAAUUUUAAUACACUCUUUUAGAUGUGCUCGAUGUUCAACAUAAUCUGUUUCAUUUACAUAAUCACUCAGUUAGAAAAAAGAAAUAACAAUCCCACAGA